UACUUCUUCACUUCUGGCGCUAAUGGUCUCGCUCUCCUCCUUUACUUACCCACGCUCCACCAAUCAACAAACAAAAGCUUUAAAGACCUGGACGAACUUUUACAUGUUCCUGAUUUACUUCCAAUACCACCACGAGACAUGCCAGUCCCUUUGCUAGAAAGAACGUCUCCUGAGUAUGCAUUUUUCUUAGAUGUUGGGACGCAAUUGGCAAAAUCGUCCGGGAUCCUAGUCAACACGUUCGAAUCGCUCGAACCUAGCAUCUUGAAAUCAAUCGCUGAUGGAAAGUAUGUUCCGGAUGGCCCCACUCCGCCUGUUUUCAGCUUAGAGCAUCCACAAUGCACAAAGGGCCCACAUUCAAUGGAUUACACGCAUCAUACAUGUGAUGCGUGUAAUCUCCAUGACACGGCUGCAAUGGGGAGCCGUCUGCCUCUGAUUGCAUCAGACAACGGGAAAGGUGGAGGUGCAGCAGGUGGAACGGGAGGAGGUGUGCAUGAAUGUUUGAAAUGGCUGGAUAUGCAACCAAGUCGAAGCGUUGUAUUCUUGUGCUUUGGGAGCGUGGGUCGAUUUCCAGCUGAGCAACUGAAAGAGAUAGUCAUCGGGUUGGAGAGGAGCGAGCAAAAGUUCCUGUGGGUGGUGCGCAGUCCGCCUUCUGAGGACAAAACCAACCGCUUUCAAACUCCACCCGCCCCAGAUCUGGAUUUGUUGCUUCCCCAUGGGUUUUUGGACCGGACAAAUGGUAGGGGUUUCGUGGUGAGUUCUUGGGCACCGCAGGUGGAUGUGUUGAAUCAUGGGUCGGUGGGUGGGUUUGUGACCCACUGUGGGUGGAACUCAGUGUUGGAAGCAGUCCGUGCGGGUGUGCCUAUGGUGGGGUGGCCACUUUAUGCUGGGCAGAAGCUGAAUAGGCUGUUCUUAGUUGAGGAGAUGAAGUUGGCCUUACCAAUGGAUGAAAGUACGGAAGGUGGGUUCGUGAAAGCGGCUGAAAUCGAGAAGCGAGUUAGGGGGUUGAUGGAUUCGGAGGAAGGAAAGGUGAUCAGGGAAACAGCCCAGGCAAAGGAGGAGGAAGCAAAGCAAGCAAUGGCUGAUGGGGGCUCAUCCAUUGUGGCAUUGGCCAAAUUGGUAGAAUCCUGGAGGAAGCUGGAGUAA